GCAGCUUCAAGGGAAGCCCCGGAUUUCACGACACCAGCAGAGCUCCACUACCCCGCCUCAGCUUUUCUUUUCGCCGCGUCGUAGUUGGACUUUGGUCCACCCAGAAUGGCAGUCGCAGCAGCCAGAACACCCUGCAGUGACCAGCUUCCUGCAGCAGCACUUUUCAUCAUCGUGUGGCUUCACCUGGCAGGAAGCUGGAUCGUACCACAGCCCAAAGAGAACGUCUGGGUCACGCUGGCAAAGUCCAUCGGGCAGGAACAACUCUGCAUGGCCAUGGGAGGUGUAGGCAACCCGUUGUCUACAUGCCUGGUGGGAGUCCCCCUGUCGGAAAAUGAUUUUCCAUUCACAGUGAUGAAACCCAACCCGGCGGACUCCUUGGGGAGUUGGAUAAGGACACUACUGCAGGCACCACAGGAACCCCAGGAAUUGGACCUACUGGGGUCCACGAGGGCUCAUUUAUGCAUUAGAUUCUACACUAAGGCCCCUCAAGGAAAAAUAGAGUAUAACAUCAAAGAGGUCACUCCAACUGACAAAAAAUAUAUUAAUGAGUGGUGCAACUAUACUAGCCCGAUUCUGAUCAAGUCCUACCCAUACCCUAAGGAGCUCCCUCGGGGUGUGUUUUUAAUCUGUGGGGACAGGGUGUGGGCUGGGAUCCCCUCUAAGAUCAAAGGGGGUCCCUGUAGCCUUGGCAGGCUUACUACCCUAACCCCCAACAAAACACAAAUUAUUGAUUGGAAAAGGGGAAGUCAAUCGGCACGCCAAAAAAGAUCUUAUGGGGAAUUUGACCCAAAUUGCGACUCGGAAAUUUAUGAUUGGGGCAAAGGAAAGAGGGUCGCUGCAUCCAUCUUUUUACCGUGGUAUGCGGCAGCAAAGGCCCUCGGUGAGAUUUCUCACCUGGGGUGUUGGAUGAGUAAGCAGGCCAAUGCUACCUCUGCCGCCUUACCAGAUCUCUUAGCGGAAGAAGAGACCACCAGGCAUGCCACCUUACAAAAUAGAGCGGCCAUCGACUUUCUGCUGCUCGCCCAUGGCCACAGUUGCGAGGACUUUGAGGGGAUGUGCUGCUUCAAUUUGUCAUCAAAGAGCACAUCCAUCCAAGCCAGCAUCCAGCGGAUCCAGGCGUUGGUAAAGGACUUAAAGACUGAAACUGGGGCUGUGGACGCUGUGAACAAGAUCUUUUCUCAAUGGGGUGUUCCUGGGUGGGCCAUUCCAAUUGUUAAAGGUUUAGUUUGGGUUUUAAUCAUAAUUUUCUUAAUUUCUGUUGCCUUAACUAUCUUUAAGAAAUUGUUAACCAGAACAAUGGGGAAUGUUUUUUUAAUAAACCAAAAAGGGGGAGUUGUGGGAGGGGUCCCCGCCCUCCCUUGGGAGGCAACUUCAAUAUAGCCAGAAGUUGUCAAUCACAUGCUGUUUC